CACUGUUUUCAAAUGUUAUAAAGAUGGCGUCUAUGACGUUUGUUUUGGUAAUUACUUUCUUGAAGUAUUUAAGAAUUUUGUGAGUGAACGAGGAGAAGAUUACAAAUAAUGGAAUAAUUAUUCCAAUGUCGGUGAAACUUUCGAUGUAUUGAAGGUUGAAGAGACGUCGUUCUUCCUAAUGCCCAAGAUACCGAAGUUUCCUUAAGGAUGGCUGCUGUAAAAGUGGAAAUCAAACAAGAACAAACCGAAAUAAAUUCAUUAAUUGACGAAAAGGUUGUACUUAAUGAUGUCUUGCCAUCGAUUAAGCGGGAAAUUGGUCAAGUUACGAUUAGUGCGAAUUCCUGUAUUUGCGAAGACCAAAAAGAAGAAAAGCACGAAUUUGAAGAUGUCACACAUCCUGAUCGGUCACAAAUUUCCAAUGAUUUUAAAUGUGACCGGUGUGGUUACGAAUCUAACGAUAAUUCCCGUCUUAAAACACAUCUACGAAGGCACCAGAAGUGUACUGGAAUAAUUAAAUGUGACCAGUGCAGUUACGCAACUAAUGACAAAUCUAAUUUUAGAACACAUCUUCUAAUGCAUAUGACAAUCAAAGAUUUAAAAUGCGCCCUUUGUGAUUAUGCAACCAAUAACAAGAAACAUAUCAAAACGCAUCUAUUAAGACAUAAAGCUUCGAAGGAUUUUAAAUGUGCACAGUGUGAUUAUGGAACGAAUUAUAAAUCCUGUUUUAAAUCGCAUCUGUUAAGGCACAAGACUGCUAAGGAUUUUGAGUGCGCUCAGUGUAAUUAUGUAACCAAUAGCAAAUCAGAUUUAAGAAAACAUUUGUUAACACACAAAGCUAUGAAGGACAUUAAAUGCACCCAGUGUGAUUAUGCUACCAGAACCAACUCUAAUCUGAGAUAUCAUCUGUUGUCGCACAAGAAUACUAAGGAGUUGGGGUGUUUCCACUGUGAUUUUACCACCAAUUACAAAUCAAGUUUGAAACAUCACCUGAAAUUGCAUCUGUUAACUCAUAACAGCGCUCAGAGUAAUUUUUCAAGCAAUAUUAAAUCCAGUUUGCGAAAACAUCGGAUUAGACAUGAUGAGGGCAAUAAUAAACCCUGCUCCAAGACACACCAGAGUUUUAAAUGCGUCCAGUGCGAGACACAAAACCGGUAAGCAGUUAAAAUGUGCCGUGUGUGAUUAUGAAACCAAUAAUAAGUACCACUUUAAAGCCCACCUUUUAACACAUCAGCUGGUCAAGAAUUUUAAUUGUGCCCACUGCGAAUACUCAACCAAUAAUAAAUACGUUUUAAUAACGCAUCU